CGGGAGCUGUAGUCCCGUGCCGUCCCGGCAUGCCCUGCGGGCCCGGCAGACAUGGCGGCGGCGGCGCAGCGACGGCGCUGAACCCGGGGCUGCGGCGAUGGCCGGAGAACUGGCGGACAAGAAGGAUCGGGAUGCAUCCCCGGUGAAGGAGGAGAGGAAACGUUCCCGCUCCCCUGAGCGGGAGAGGGAGCGGGACCGGGACCGCAAGGGCUCCCCGGCCAAGGAGCGGAAGCGACACCGAUCCCGGGAGCGGAGACGGAGCCGCUCGCGCUCCCGGUCCCGCUCCAAGUCCACAGAGAGGGAUCGGCGGCACAAGGAGCGGGACCGUGACCGCAGCAAGAAGGAGCGGGACAGGGACAAGGAUGGGCACCGGCGGGACAAGGACCGCAAGCGAUCCAGUUUGUCCCCGGGCAGGGGGAAGGACUCCAAGUCUCGGAAGGAUCGGGAUGCACGGAAAGCAGAGGAGGAGGAGGAGAAUGCCCUGAAGAAGGAGAAGGCACAGCCGCUGUCCUUGGAGGAGCUGCUGGCAAAGAAGAAGGCAGAAGAGGAGGCAGAGGCCAAGCCCAAGUUCCUGUCCAAGGCGGAGCGGGAGGCUGAGGCCCUGCGGCGGCGGCAGCAGGAGGUGGAGGAGCGGCAGCGGCUGCUGGAGGAGGAGAGGAAGAAGAGGAAACAAUUCCAGGAGAUGGGCAGGAAAAUGCUGGAAGACCCCCAGGAGCGCGAGCGCCGGGAGCGUCGGGAGCGCAUGGAGCGGGAGACCAACGGCACCGAGGACGAGGAGGGCAGGCAGAAGAUCCGGGAGGAGAAGGACAAGAGCAAAGAGCUCCACGCCAUCAAGGAGCGGUACCUGGGCGGGGUGAAGAAGCGCCGGCGCACGCGGCACCUCAACGACCGCAAGUUCGUGUUCGAGUGGGACGCGUCGGAGGACACCUCCAUCGACUACAACCCCCUGUACAAGGAGAGGCACCAAGUGCAGCUGUUGGGCCGUGGCUUCAUCGCCGGCAUCGACCUGAAGCAACAGAAACGGGAACAGUCGCGGUUCUAUGGGGACCUGAUGGAGAAGAGGCGGACGCUGGAGGAGAAGGAGCAGGAGGAGUGAGGCUUUGGGGAAGCUGGGAGGGUGCUGAGGGGUGUGUGGGAUCCUGGCUGGCUUAGGCUGGCUGGGGUGUGGAGCUGGGCUGCAGCAGGUCCUGCAGGAAACUGGCAGAAGGGGGGAACAGGGCAAGUUCUGCUCCUAAUCUGCUCCCCCCGGCAGGAACCGACCCCGAUCCAGCGCCAGGCCAUCCCCAUCGGGCUGCAGAACCGGGACAUCAUCGGCGUGGCCGAGACCGGCAGCGGCAAGACAGCGGCGUUCCUGAUCCCGCUGCUCGUGUGGAUCACCACCCUGCCCAAAAUCGAUCGCAUCGAGGAGUCAGACCAGGGGCCCUACGCCAUCAUCCUGGCCCCCACCCGUGAGCUGGCACAGCAGAUUGAGGAGGAAACCAUCAAAUUUGGGAAACCCCUGGGCAUCCGCACCGUGGCCGUGAUCGGCGGCAUCUCCCGCGAGGAUCAGGGCUUCCGCCUCCGCAUGGGCUGCGAGAUCGUCAUCGCCACGCCGGGCCGGCUGAUCGACGUGCUGGAGAACCGGUACCUGGUGCUGAGCCGCUGCACCUACGUGGUGCUGGACGAGGCCGACCGCAUGAUCGACAUGGGCUUCGAGCCCGACGUGCAGAAGAUCCUGGAGCACAUGCCCGUCACCAACCAGAAACCCGACACUGACGAGGCCGAGGACCCUGAGAAGAUGUUGGCCAACUUUGAGUCUGGGAAGCACAAGUACAGACAGACUGUCAUGUUCACGGCCACCAUGCCCCCGGCAGUGGAGCGCCUGGCCCGCAGUUACCUCCGGCGCCCGGCUGUGGUUUACAUCGGCUCGGCCGGCAAACCUCACGAGAGGGUGGAACAGAAGGUUUUCCUCAUGUCAGAGUCCGAGAAGAGGAAGAAGCUCUUGGCCAUCCUGGAACAGGGCUUCGACCCGCCCAUCAUCAUCUUUGUCAACCAGAAGAAGGGCUGCGAUGUGCUGGCCAAGUCCCUGGAGAAGAUGGGGUACAACGCCUGCACCCUGCACGGUGGGAAGGGCCAGGAGCAGCGAGAGUUCGCCCUUUCCAACCUCAAGGCCGGGGCCAAGGACAUCCUGGUGGCAACGGACGUGGCCGGACGUGGCAUCGACAUCCACGACGUCUCCAUGGUGGUCAACUACGACAUGGCCAAGAACAUCGAGGAUUACAUCCACCGCAUUGGGCGGACGGGCCGAGCAGGGAAGAGCGGUGUGGCCAUCACCUUCCUCACCAAGGAGGACUCCACGGUGUUCUACGACCUCAAGCAGGCGAUCCUGGAGAGCCCCGUGUCCUCGUGCCCCCCCGAGCUCGCCAACCACCCCGAUGCCCAGCACAAGCCGGGCACCAUCCUCACCAAGAAGCGGCGGGAGGAGACCAUCUUCGCCUGAGGCCCCUCUUUGUCCCCCCUCCGGGGACAGCAGGACCAGCAAGGCUGCCAGGACUGCUCUGGCUGUUCUUUUCCCAGCUGCUUGUGCAACCCAAGGACUGCCCACAGGCAGAGACUGGGGCUGGGAUUAUCCCAAAAUAUCCCCCCCUGUUCUGGUCCCCCCUCCCCACUUUCCCUAUGGAGCGGAGGAGCUGCUGGAGGCUGUUUGGGGGCCGGUCCCUCCCUGCUGCCAGGGCGGGGCUGUUUUUUGGGCUGUCCUGGGAACUGUCUGCACCUCAUCCUUUGGGGUUUUUGGGUUUUUUUUGUAGCUGAAGCUCCAGGCUGCAGGAAUAAACCGGCAGCGGCGUUACCA